AUGGACACCGACGUUUCACAGACGAACGCACCUAACGUUCCUACUACUCCCCCGGACCAGCCGAUCGGGGUCCCCGUCGUGCAAAUUGAAGGCGGGGAAGUAGCAGAACCCCUGCCAUCCUUGCAACAAUUCAUCCGCAAUGUACCCAAACAGCAGGACCAUUUUCUAAGUGUUGGCGACAGCGAAAAGUUGGACAAGAUUUUGGAAGGCCUGAAGCCUGAAGAAGUCAAUGCCAAAGAUGAGAAUGAUGGAGGGAGGACAGCUCUUCACAAUGUCGCCCGACGAGGCUUGAAGGGCGUCAUUGCCCGUUUGCUAAAGCAAGGUGCCAUUGUUUCCGCAGAGGAUGCGAAGAAAGACCAGCCGUUGCACUUGAGUUGCCAACGGGGGUUCGUCGGCACUACAACAGAGCUUCUCGAGCAAGGCGCAAAGGAUUUCAUCAAUGCCAAAAAUAGCCUUGGGCAGACGGCACUUCAUUUCGCGUGUAGAAAGGGAAGGAGUGCAAUCGUCAAGUUGCUGCUGGAAUACAAGGUCAACACCAAUGUCUUGAGUAGCGGCAACAGAUCGCCAAUUUUCGAUGCUUCCAGUCGGAACCAUCCGGAGAUUGUGCAAAUCUUGCUUUCCCACAAAAGCUGGGAUAAAGCGUUGCUUGGGAAAAAGGUUACAGCAAGAGGUUGGACUCCUCUACAUGCCGCUGUCUACAAGGGGCACGCCGAUAUCGCAGAGAAGCUACUGAAAAGCGGCUCAAAGCUUGGUAUCUGUGACACCCAAGGAUGUACUCCGUUGAUGGCGGCCACCAAGCAGAAAAGUGCAGGCUUAAUGGAACUUCUUCUUCAACCCUCCAGAGCAAGUCAAGGUCAUCAGCUCGAGACACCAGAUAAAGAAGGGUUCACGCCUCUGAGGGUAGCAGCUGCACAGGGCUUUUUGAUUGGCGUUGAUAUGUUGGUCAAAGCUGGCGCAAACUGGACUUCCAUUAAUAGGCCAAACAAAGAAGGUUGGGGUGGCCUGACGAACGCGAGCUUCAACGGCCAUGCUAAGAUCGUUGAACUUUUCUUGAAACAUGAGACGGAAAUCGGCCUGUCUAAGGAAGAAAAGGGGCGGGCGUUACAAGCAGCAAGCAAGCAAGGGUACUACAACGUCGUCAAACAACUCUUGGAUGAGAAAAUAAAUACACCGAUUGAUUUCCAGGAUCGGGAAGGUAUGACCGCACUACAUCAUGCCAUACUUGGGGACAUCCAUAAUGUUGAGAAGCAAGAUGGGGAACUCCUCGGUCAAAUUUCUGUUGAUGGAGACAAGGAAAAUCAUACUGAAUCAGAACCAGCCAAGCACGAUGAUGUAGCAAAACUUCUCCUAGAAGCUAAAGCUAAACCGGGACAGAAAACAAAAAAGGGGGACACGACACUGCAUCUCGCAGUAAGAAGUCCCAGAUCUAAGCGCACCAAUCGGGUCGAGCUCAUCCUUGAGCAUAUGGAGGAUGACGAUGUUUGGGCGGCAAAUAAUGAGGGACAAACUGCGCUGGAUGUAGCCUUCGAAGUAGCGAACACGGAAAACCAGUCUGUCAAUUGGGCAGUGGAAAAAGGCAACAGAGAUAAUCUUGCGCGAUCGAUCGUCUCAAAACGCAAAGAGCGAAUUGGGCACGGCGUCAAUUCGGAAGAUUGGAGUCUCAUCGAGUUAGCAGCCUACCAUGCUCUUCCAGAAGUUCUCGCUUUACUGUUUGUCAACUCUACAUCAAUGAAGGAGACAAUGAAGUGUAUAGACUCUGCAAAGGGACUGGUAGCGAAGAAAAUGAGCCAAAGAAAAGAACUUCUGACUAGGGCGAGGCCGAGAACGGCUACUACACCGUCCAUGCCCGCAGGCACGAGCGAACGCAACGACGAUGACAGCGAAGACGAUCAGGAUGAUGACGAUAAUGGACCAGGCGAAGAUCAGAGUGGAUCUAAUGCUGAAGACUAUGGUGGUGAAUUCGCUCAGGAGCAUCUUAUUAUGGACAUGCUAAACGAUCCUCAAAUUGUCAUUAUCAAGGACAGUGAAAGCUAUGAGCUCCCGCGGCCUGAAGGCGGCGUGGAGGGCUUCCUAAAAGAUCAUAGCGCCUCAAUCUUUCAAUUUUACGCUGACGAGGAGGAAUCAAGAAUUAUUCAACGAUUUCGGACGGUACAGCAAGUCAUUUACAGCGAAGGACAAGGACCGAAGAGAAUUAUGGAGGAAGCAGUAAAGAAUUUGAAAAAGAUCUAUGGGAGGAUGAAGUCACGUCCUCUGAUAGCUGAUCCUGAAAAUGAAACGAAACCCAAGUUUACAUGGGUUCACCUAUCUUCGACAAAUGAUGUUUUGAAGCGGAUACUGAAAGAUGAGGAAUUCAGCCAAGAUGAGAAAAUUAGAAAUGGGGAGACAAUCAGCGAUGAUGAGAGAAUCAGCAAAGAUCGAAUCAAAAUGAUCAACUCUUUUUUUCAAGACAGUUGGGCAGAAAUUCCAGACAAGACAUCGCCAUCUCGGUUUAUGAGACCGCAGCACAGCUACGAAUUGUUCCAGGCAGAGAAAAAGAACAGCGAUCAGUACGGCCGCUGUACCGCACUUUAUAUUCCUUACCUCUCCUUUGCGAAAUACUGUCGAGGUAAAUGCUCAGACGACGCCGAAAUUAUCGGUGACGAUAAGCUCCAUGAGAAGAGCAAACGCCAAAAGCUUCAUGAUGAGACCCGGCGCUGCCAGGACUUGUUAAAAGCCUACCAGAAUCGAGCUAUUCACGCCCCCUCGACGCUCGACGAAUGGUACUACCACUUUUCAGCCGAGCCUAGUUCGUCCGACGAUAAACAGCGCCGCAAUGAGACCCAAGUUGUGACGAAAAGUCUUAGAGACAACACGAGCGAGGGGGACCAUUGGCGUUUAGUCCGGGUUAAUCAACUAUGGGCUUGGGUCGUCGGUGACAAAUGGCUAAUAACGGCAACUUGGGAUCCAAUCGAUGGGAUCGAAGAGACACUCCCACAAGGCAUCAUCGACCAUAUCCGGAAACAAGCCAAGAUCCGAGGCAAACGCUACCAGCCAUACAGUCCAUUUUAUAUGAGCAAGCUCUUAGUUGACUACUGCAUCGGAUCUUAUGAGAGGGCGCGUAUUCCCACAGAUAAGGAGCCAGAGCACGAACAACAAGUCUCUAUCCGUCAAAGCUUGUCUAAUUAUAUCAACAUGAUUGGAAGAGACGAAAAAGCGCUGUUCGAGAGAUUCAGCAAAUUCAGCCUGAAAACAAAUGAUCGACAAGGACUAAAGCAUCUUCUACUAGACGAUGUGAUAAGGAAAGCCACAGAAGAGGCGAAGAGGAUGUCCUGUGAAAUCAAGGACAUACGUGACGAACUCAAUAUUUUCAAAUCGGUUGCUCAGUACCAGAAAGAUGUUGAGCAAAAGCUGCUCACCAAUAAUUCAAGCAAUAUGCGCUCCAGAAAUCCCACUCUAAGGUCAAACUACGUGGUUGAUGAUGUUGGCCAGAUGGAAAGGAUAUCUCUCCGCAUACAAUCUUCUAUCAGUGAAACACUCACCUUGGAACAAAGUGAAAUUGCCAAUCUUCAGGCAACUCUAUCAGUAAAGCAAGGGAAGACCCUCAUGACCUUCACCAUUGUGACGAUCGUGUUUCUGCCUCUCUCCUUCCUCGCAUCCUUUUUCGCCAUGGACUUUGGAGCGUUCCAAAAUAGUGCCUGGUGGGCUAAACUUGUUGUUUUUGUUGUUACUUUUGUCUUCCUUUCAGUACUCUUUAUCAUACGCAAGCGAUCCUUCAUACGCCAGUUAUUCUCCUCACUAAAAGACUGGCUUGACCGCUGUAUAUCGAAGGACGCCCAUACAGAAAAGCUUCCUACCAGAGCUACAAGCAACAGAAGCACCGAUCCUAAAGGUGUCUCUAUUGGCUUAGGAUCUAGAACACCGUCAGAAGUUGAGGAGGCUGUCACUUCCACAAGCAUCAGAAAAAGGGAAAUACUAGCUAGGCGUUUCAGAAGAUCCGAUUGA